UCACGUGGUGACAACAUUAAUUCACCCAUUGCUAGCUAUUUGGAAAGAAUGGUUCAUAGUUUUCUCUAUGGAAAGCACAACAGAAACUCAGUAUUAAUGCUAGUUAGUUGGUUGACAUUAACGGUAGUGGCACAUUUAAGUUUUUGAACAAGUUGAUGGAUGGGAACUUACGGGAAAAGUAUGCAACAGUCGUUGUUUACUAAUGUUUACGUUAGCCCUAUCUAUGGCUGAUCGAUCUUGUAUUUAUGUGCAAGUUAAGACAGUGGCCUUUCUGCCCUGAUAAGCUUAUCUUGGCUUCAGUAAAACAUAAUCUCCAUUCUUAACGUCAAGUUGACUCAAUGUAACUUUGUUACUAAAACCCUUAUGCGCCGGUCACGAAGAUGGAGGUGGCUGUUAAGGGGAAGGUCAAAAGGAGGCACCUGAAUGCGGCAGAGUGUGAUGAACUGAGACGAAAUACACUCAACCAGCCCCUCACCGUCAGCCGCACGCAGGACAGCCACGACCCCAACCGAGGGCUUUACCCAAGGACACCCACCAAGCGACGGAAGUGUGCGUCUGCAUCAGGAAGUCCCUCUGGGCAACAGAAGGGCAUCAACGACUUCUUCUCCGUGACAGGAGUCAUCAGAUCCAGUCCGCGCCAGUCUUUCCAGCCCUGCUCCUCCACAUGCACAAAUGGACUCAGUAGACAGCUUUAUUCCAAAGAAGAGCCAAAGCCUGUGAAAGAAGAGGAGGAGGAGGAUGAUGAUGAUGAUGAUGAUGAUGAUGUCAGCCUGUUAUCUGCUGUACUGGUGCCAGAACCUGAACCAGCAGAGGAGGAGGUUGAUGAUGUUAGCCUGCUAACAGCCACAAUGGUGCCAGAGGCUGAUUAUUUGGAGGGGAUGACAGCUGAGAUGUUUGGGGAUGAUUAUGAAUUUGACCAGUGCGACAGUAACAGCGAGCAUGAGGAAGUGGAGGCCCUCCCUGAUGUCCACUAUGGACUCCUAGGUAGCGGCAAGGACCUGCUGCUGCCUCAGGGCUGCAUAGAUGACCUUCCCGAAGAGCUGCUGAGUCAAGUACUGUGCCAGGUCCCAGCACAGGACCUCUACCGCAGUGUCAGUCUUGUCUGCCAUCGCUGGAGGAACAUCGUUCUAGACCCCAAGUUUGUCCCCUGCAAAAAACAAUACUACCGCUACAUGAUGAAGGAGAAGGCUACAGAGCUGGAGAUCUGCUGCCUCCUGAAGAACAGUCGCAUAACAAGUCCAACAUCCUCAGAGCAUAGCGUACGACACCUUGUUGUCUUAAUGGCCCAGUAUAAGGUGGGAGAGCGGGUGAGGCCGGAGGACGUUCUGGAGUGUGUUAAGAAACAUCGCCUUUUUCCUCAGGCUGAGGCCUCCAUCAGAUUACGUAUUCCUGACAUUCAGACGAGCUUUAGCCUUGGCCUAGAGGGUCCUAACCCGUACGCGGCCAUGGCUGUCAUACUGAUCCUCAGUGAGAGCGUUGGUGACGUGCAGGCCUUGGUGUCUCUGCUCACCAGCUGCAUGUCAGACACCGCCAUCACGGAGUACCUCAGCUACAUGGCCAUGAUGUCGCUCGCCUUAAAGAGGAGCAAUAUCCAGAUUAGUAACAGGUUGCAUUACAACAUCUACUACGUACUUCACUUGAUGGAGAACGGCCCCUUUUCUGUGCACUCCGGUCAGAGCAGACGGCCUCAGAUCCAUCUCACACGUGAACAGCAGCAGAUCCUCGGCCACGACAUCCAGCACGACCAUGUGGUCAAGAUCGUGGCUUUUGCAGGUACGGGCAAGACGACCACGUUGGUGAAGUACGCCGAGCGGCGGCCACACCUCCGCUUCCUUUAUGUGGCCUUCAACAAGUCAGUGGCCAGUGAGGCGCAGCGCCGAUUCCCAAGCAAUGUGGACUGCAAGACCGUCCACUCAUUGGCCUUCAAUGACAUUGGGAGGAGCUACCAGAAUCGUCAGAAGCUGACCUUCAACCUGAAACCAUUUGCCCUCAACUCUGUUCUGCCGGAAGGCCGUGGUGGCUUCAUCAAAGCCAAAGUGGUAGCCACAACUCUCAACACCUUCAUGGCUUCAACAGACCAGACUAUCACUAAAAGACAUGUCCCCAGCUACCGGGUAACCAGGAAGGGCCAAAGGGAGGAGACGGACGAAAGUGAAAAACCGUUGUUUGUCCAUGACGCACAGACGAUCUGGAACAAAAUGAAGGACCUCAAUGAAAGAAAACACGAGGCCUACUACAUGACUCAUGAUGGUUACCUUAAGUUAUGGCAGCUCCAAAUUCCACCGCCUCAGUUGUCUGACCAGUAUGAUGUCAUCUUCAUCGAUGAGGCCCAGGACUGCACUCCAGCUGUCAUGGACGUACUCCUGUCUCAGCGCUGUGGGAAAAUCCUGACUGGAGAUCCUCAUCAGCAGAUCUACACCUUCAGAGGAGCUGUCAAUGCCCUGAACACAGUGGACCACACCCACAUCUACUACCUGACACAGAGCUUUCGGUUCGGUGCUGAAAUCGCUUAUGUGGGUGCCACCAUCCUCAGUGAGUGCAAGAAUGUGGAGAAGAUUCUAGUGGGAGGAAAGCAAAAAGGCGGUGUGUGUGACGACACUGCAGACAAUAUUAGAGCAGCUAUUAAGACGGGUGUCAGUCAUUGUCGGGGGAAGACGGCCAUCUUGUCAAGAUGCAAUCUCAGUGUGUUCAGCGAAGCCGUGAGGCUCACCGACGCCAACCCGCAAUGCCGGGUCCACUUUGUCGGAGGUCUUGGAAGUAUCGGCCUGAAUAGGAUCCUGGACAUCUGGCAUCUGAUGCAAGACUCAAGAGAGGCAAAAAGUGGGCCAGACCAAACAAUAAAAUUCAUCAGGGAUCCUCUUAUUCGCUCCUUCGCCAAGACAAAUUCACGUCCUUUCUGGGCCCUGAAGAUGUACGUCACACAGACUGAGGACAGGGAGCUGGAGGCUAAACUCUGCAUCGUUGAAAAAUACAGAAGUCGCAUCCCUGAACUUGUGAAACGCCUGGAAAGCUGCUUUGAAAAUGACUUUAACAACGCAGACUUCAUAGUUGGAACAGUCCACAAGGCUAAAGGCCUGGAGUUCAACACUGUGAUGGUCACUGAUGACUUUGCCAAAGUUCCCUGUUCGAGACACAACCUCAGUCCCAACUUCUCAUUCGCUAACAUUCCUGAUGACGAGUGGAACCUGCUGUAUGUGGCGGUGACCCGUGCCAAGACCACACUGAUCAUCACUGAGACCAUCUUUCGCAUCCUCACAGUGGCUGGGGAAUGCUUUCUGAAAUCGGAGAUGCCCAGCUCCUCGCUGAAGAUGGGCGAACCCAUCCCGUGCACCAUCACGGACUGUCCCAAUUGCAUCACGCCCAGUUCGGCCUUCAUCAUGUGCAAACGACAGAUGAAUUACACUGAUGGUGUGUCUGCUGGAGGCCCGUUGUGUGAGAGGUGCGUGUGGACUCGCAUCGGGCCAACUGCCUUCCUUAUGACUGAUGAUGUGCUCUCAAUGGCCGAAAUCCCACAAAGGCUCGGCCCAGUUUUCUAAUGCUGCUUGUCUUGAAAUGACCUGAAAUAAGACUUUCUUCUUUUGUGCCUUGCUGGAAAAGAGGAAUGUCAGCUCUCCAGUCAGCCAGAGACACUGAAACAGACUAAACACAGGUGUUUUUUAGCGUGUUUGUUUGUUUUUUGUAAUUGAAAUCACAUGAUUGCAAUGUGCUUGUAUUGUUUUAAUGUUUUUGAUAUUUUAAAGAGAAUUGGAUGUUGUAAUUACUUACUGAGAUGUCUUUUUGAAAGGUAUUUAGCAGCACAGUGGGAAGGAGUGCUGUUGAGCAGCUUGUCUCGUUUUACUUGAAAGGAAACAACAAAACCACA